UGAGCGUCAACAUCAUAAGAGAGGGGGGGAUCUUACAGAAGAGCGUUUGAAUCGCAGCCUUUUUUUGUGUGUGUCGUUAAACUGUUGUUAUCAAUUAUUUUUUGAAGUAAACGGAUAAAUUAAUAAAUAGGAUUUUAAAAUGGCUUUGAGAGGGCCACUGUGUCGUCUUCUACGGACACAACUCAACAAUACCUGUCAGAGCAGAGUUCAUUCUGUGGCUGUUAUAGGAGGCCCAUUCUCAAAAGGACAGAAAAGGAGAGGGGUGGAACAUGGACCCAAAGCCAUCAGAGAUGCCGGUCUGAUCGAGAGACUUUCACAUCUGGAUUACCCAGUGCAUGACUUUGGAGACCUGAGCUUCCAGCAUCUGGAAAAGGACGAGCCUUACAUGCACAUCCCUUUCCCUCGUACUGUGGGCAGAGCUAACAAACUGCUGUCAGAGGCCGUCAGCAACGCUGUGGGAGCCGGAAACACUACCAUCAUGCUUGGAGGAGACCACAGCCUGGCCAUUGGUUCAGUGGAAGGCCACGCCAAGAAGUGUCCUGACCUGUGUCUGAUCUGGGUCGAUGCCCACGCCGACAUAAACACGCCCUUCACCUCUCCCUCGGGCAACCUCCACGGACAGCCGGUGGCCUUCAUGCUCAAAGAGCUGCAGAACAAGAUGCCAGAGCUCCCAGGCUUCUCCUGGGUGAAGCCCUUCCUGUCGGCUAAAGACCUGGUCUACAUUGGCCUGAGAGACGUAGACCCGGGAGAGUACGACAUCCUGAAGGACUUGGGUGUCCAGUACUUCACAAUGAGAGACAUCGACAGGCUUGGUAUCCAGAGAGUUAUGGAAGUCACUUUCGACCACCUCUUGUCAAGGAAGCAGCGGCCGAUUCAUCUGAGUUUUGACAUUGAUGCGAUGGACCCGUCUUUGGCCCCGGCCACAGGGACACCAGUAAACGGAGGUCUAACCUACAGAGAAGGAAUCUGGAUCACAGAGGAGAUCCACAACACAGGGUUGUUGUCAGUGAUGGACCUUGUUGAGGUCAACCCAGACCUGGGGGCGAGUCGUGAGGCGGUGGAGAGCACAGCUUCCAUGGCGGUGGACGUCAUCGCAUCCGCCCUAGGACAGACCCGUGAGGGAGGUCCCAUCACUCAGGAUUCGCAAACGCUUAAAGAGGACACGGAACAGCUCCGUCUCUAGAACACACAGCUUCUAGAACACAGCUUCUAGAAGACUAAGAACUUUCAACAUAUGACCACUCGGCAUUCCUGAAUUCUAAAAAACUUUACAUACACACACACUGAUGCAGUAGUUGGAAAGGGUUUUGUUACAUCUUCUGUGUGUAUGGUGCUGUAUGGCAACCUGUUCAACAGUCAGUCAAACUUCAAUCAUGACUAAACUUAUAAUAACUAAUAAGCCCAGUUAAAGGCUUAUAUGCCUUAUUUACUAAGAUGACUUGGAAAAAGUUAGCCUGGGCCCAGAUCUUUGCUAUCAUGUCAUCUGUUUGGCAGGACAAGGAAUCGCACAAAAUAGUCACACAAACAGACUGGUACCCAGGCUAUAGGAUGCUAAUUGAUGUGAUCAGCUGGUCUCCCUGAACCUUGGAAGGACAGCCUCCAUAGCUCCACUAUGGAAAUGUUGACUGUAUAUGACUGUGAUCAGCGGUAUGCCAUAGACAUAAUUAGAAAAACUCAGCAUUGCUGAUGACUUGACGCUGCAGCUCUGUAAUGGGGUUGUAAUGAAACCGGACACGACGACAAGCAUGAAACUGCCUCAAAACUACGUUUUAGGUGCAGACUAUUAUUAUUAUUAUUAUUAUUAUUAUUAUUAUUUUACUAAUGUGUACACUGUUUGGUUUAGACAUACCUCAGCUAAAUACGAAGUGGCUGUGCCAGUCGAGUUGUCGUAGGGAUGCUGUGCCAGUCGAGUUGUCGUGGGGAUGCUGUGCCAGUCGAGUUGUCGUAGGGAUGCUGUACCAGUCGAGUUGUCGUGGGGAUGCUGUGCCAGUCGAGUUGUCGUGGGGAUGCUGUGCCAGUCGAGUUGUCGUGGGGAUGCUGUGCCAGUCGAGUUGUUGUAGGGAUGCUGUGCCAGUCGAGUUGUCGUAGGGAUGCUGUACCAGUCGAGUUGUCGUAGGGAUGCUUUUGCACUUUUGGACCAGAUGUGGUUUUGACACAUUUUAUUAGAAGUAUGUUUUGUAGUUUUACAUUGAAUAAUCACAAUUAUAAAUCCAUGUUUAUGUAUUUACUGUCUGGUUUUUACAUUUGUCAGUAUUAAAUGACUAGGUAAAGUUUUUCUCCAGUAAAUUUCUAUAAGUUAAAAGUAGUGUAAGUAAGGGAUAUGGUAAAUGCUGAUAAGAGUGAAAUAAUAUUAUUUGAUUUACUAAAUGUAAAAAAAACAUGCCUUUUGAUGUGACCACUGAAUCUGUCUUUUAAAUAAAGUAAUUUAGUCUUCCA